CAGCCUCUGACAGGAUUACACGAGUUUUCCUCAAUUGAACACAGUGAAGUUAAACGCUCGGACAUCCUGCCUGCUGGAGACUCUCGUGCUUUUUGGCUGAAAAGAAGAAACUCGACCACAGUUAGUUUUCUACACCAGUCGAUCAAAUGUGACAGGUCUGCGCUGUGAUCACAGGAUUAAAUGUUUUCUGUGCUGAUGGUCGCUGCUGCAACACUAAAGACUAAUGUGUGCACACGCCCGCAUUUCAGACAAGCUGCCCGUGAACUCAGCCUACUUUAGUUUAGAUCACAAGUCGUCAUGAUGACUCGGAUUUUCUGGGAUACUAUUUUUCUCAUUAGCGGUUCCCUUUUUACAUUUGGAGCAGGGCCGAGUAAUUCAACAAUUAUUGAAGCCAGCAUUUCCAUCGAUACAAACUUCACUGCUGCUCCGAACACCUCAACAAGCAGCUCUGCGACAACUAGCAGCGGAAGCACAACUACCACAACUAUUGCACCUACUACAGCAACUAACAUCCCUCCAGUUAAAAUUUCCCUCUUUACGUUUGAAGCAGAACCAAGCAAUUCGACAAUUAUUGAAGACAGCAUUUCCAUCGCUACAAACUUCACUGCUGCUCAGAACACCUCAACAGUUAGCAGCGGAAGCACAACUAUUGUACCUACAACAGCAACUAACAUCCCUCCAGUUAAAAAGUUUGUGGCAGCGGCUGUUCGGUCUCAUUUUGAUGACUGUCCGGACUCCCACCGGCAUUUCUGCUUCCACGGCACAUGCCGUUUCCUGAUCUUAGAAGAGACGCCUGCGUGUGUGUGUCAUCCAGGCUUCGUUGGGAUGAGGUGUGAGCAUGCAGAUCUGCUUGCUGUAGUAGCAAGUAAUCACAGACAACAAACUGUUGCCACAGUGCUGGUGUUGUGUGUGAUUGGGUCUGUUCUUACCAUGUUGUUGUGUACACUUUUACAUUGUUGGUGGAGGCAGGACUGUCGCAGGCGGAGCCACGCACAUCACUACGUCCCAGAGAAGCACGGAGCAUCCUGCCAUCCUUCUGAGAGUGUGGUUUGAGAAGACAUCUUGCUGGAGCAUAAGCUGUUUGCAUCACAGCAUGUUUGGUUUUCCUCAUCUGUCCAGCCCACAAAUCCUCAGGAUUGCAUCCAAAGUGGUAUUUCUGAUCAUGCAGACUGGACCAGAGGGGCAGAAGAGCCUAUGUGGCUGAGGUAGGCCUGCUGGAUGUGAAAGGUGAAAUGUGGCAUGACAUUUUUUUCCCCACACUGACUGGGACUUUUGACCUACAGUCCUAUAGGAACGUGUUUCCUUCACUCUUUGAUUCUGUUGAAAUACACGCAGAACUGCAGGAGUCUGUUUUAAGCUCUGAGGAUGAAGCUGAUGCCGAAUCCGACAUGGGAAGAGCUCUGUGUCCUAAUUACUGUUCAAGACAGGCCUAGCGGACGCGAAAAAUGAACGACGAGGCCUUUAAUUAUCCUGUACGGAUGUCGAACAGGAAAGAUGUUUAUUUUGGGCUGUGGGAGAACAAUUAUUCAUUUAAGUCAGAGACCUCAAUUCCUAUUUUUUGUCUUUUAAUAACUUUAAGCACUUUUCAUCAGAACAC